AUGUUCUACAUCAUGUAUCUGACAGGCCUUUGCCAAAGGAGACACUGGCCCGAUCCUCUUUUCCAGACAUACCGAUCCGGCUAUGGCUACGGAUGCACAGUACGCGUCAACAAUCGCGAGUACUCCACAGACGUGGGUUACGAGAGUGAUGAGCUUGCCAAGAACGCCGCUGCCACCCGAGCCUACAUGAUCUGUCGCAAUUUCUCGGUAAACGAUGGCAUGUUCCCUGGUCACCGUCCCGGCCAAGGUGGUGUGGUCCAGGGUAUGCCGGUCGCUAUUGGCGCUGGUCGACGCAACACUGCUGUGUCGAAUGACUACGAAACCGCGAGCAGUUCCAGUGGAGGUACUAGCCCGAGGAACAGUGACUACGGUCUGGACGCUCCAGUACGUCGAUCAAGCAAGUCGAGCACAAGCUCGACAAGUGCCUGCUACUGCGGAAGGGGUACUGUAAGGAUGUACGAAAGGUGCAUUGGCUGCUUGAGGGAAGCCGGUUACCAGUGCUAA